CAGCUCCCUCGUACAUAGCUCAGACCACGAAAGACGACGUUGGACGUUCCUUACCCGUCUUCCCGGAUUCGCUUUCGCUUGGACGCUCUAGUUCCUCGCACAACAGAAACGGGACGUCAAUCGCUCCGAGUCAUUGUCAGUGGCGCUCUAGGGAUAAUUUGGAAUGAUUGACACCGAUCGUCAGCACGUUUCUCAGGAUUGGAGUUAUAGUACUUGAAGCUUGAAGCUUGAAGGCUGAAUUAAAUGUGUUCCAUCUAUCCGGUUUGUUGACACUCAACAUUGGCAAACUCUAUUUGACUACCAGGAAGUGGAGUAUACAUUAAGAUGGGGUUGUUCACCACUGUCUACACAUUUUUCCUCUCAAAUGUCGACGUCCAGUUGCGAGAAUAAUAAGGCUCUACUGUAUAUAAAGUAGCUUGUCAUGCGUUACUCCAACGUCGACGAGCUCGCCUCACUUCCACCUCUGUGAACCCCACCCUCCGACAUCCGACCAUGUUUGUUCCAAGCGCAGGAGCACCAUCAACCCAGGAUUUGCGCCUUAGAGACUCCAUAUUUGGUGCCAUUUCGUACCUGAGCUUAACACCCUGCAUUAUAAUCAUCCUCAUCGCCAUCCUUCUGUCUCUCCAUCCCUUGUCCAAGCAAAAGACAGACAGAGUCAGUUUCCGGAUUAUGAUAUACGCGCUAUGUGGCAGCGUUGUAUACUCUAUAACUAUGAAUUUAGUAAAUCGCGUUCACGGUCAAACGGCGUGUCGUGUUACGGGUUCCUCGACGGUCUUUGGUCUGCACCUAUCAUCCUUCCUCUUUUUCUGCAUCGGGCUCAACCUUCAACUGGUCAUGAUACAUGGAAUUGACGGAGCAAAAGCAGAAAAGUACUACGUUUGGGGCAGCCUAUCAUUGGCGCUAGUGUUGAGCGUCGUGGCUUACGUCUCGAAACAAGUAGUGUACGAUUCUACUCAAAUGGGGUGUUACUACUAUGACCCCAACCCUGUCAGAGGCUUUUGGUGGCGUAUGGGCAUGCAGAAUAUAUGGAGCUUCCUCACUAUGGCUGGAGAACUUGUCACGUUUUGCUCGGUAGUCAUUUACAUGAUUCGUGUUAAGGUCUUCUCCCCAGGUCCUGGUCGAGCAACGAUAGCACCACGUUCCCAAGGAAUCUCAGCAUCACAUCAGUACCGCAAACCUCUGGGACCUAGACAGUACCGGAACGUUGUAUUGCGUAUCUCACUCUACCCCCUUUCGUCGUUGGCUACAUCAGGGAUAUCAGCUAUCGGGAACAUUUCUAGUCCCUACCAAGGAAUGAAUAGUCGAUCAGACUGGAUUGCUGUAAGCGCAUUUCGCGCCGCUUUCUUGUUCCGUGGCACAGUCUAUGCAUUGGUCGCUGCCGCAGACCCGGCUAUCACUCAAGGCCUGAAAGUGCUAUACAGACAUUACGCAAGACGACAGACAUCAAGCCUUUCGCCGCCAAAUGAAGUCGACGUCAUUGGUUCUGUUGCUAAUCAUAGCUGCUCAGGUACAGCUGGACUCGAGCUCGAAGGAAUCUCUGAUUCGAAGAACGAAACUGCUCGUCGGCCAUGCCUUGACGAAUCUGGCAUCAUUCUGCCUGCAACACCGAGAGCAGCGGUUAUACUGUCACACAGGGGCGCUACUCAGCAUGGCAAUAGCUGUGCGACGUUCAUGGGCAUGAUGAAUGUGGGUCGGAGCGAAUCCCAGAUCGAUGAGUCCAACAUCGCUCAUCGCUCGUAUCGGCAAUUGUAAAGAAGUGGCUUUCUGUUUUGUGUGAACAG